UGUUCAUAUAUUGUUUGUAGCAACCGUUAUUCGGAACUGAAUCAUCUGUUGUAAGAAGGUUCUAUAAGAGGAUCUCCCUAGCAUCAACUAAGAAGAAUCGAUAAAACAGGUAUUUUCAUUCCAGUAAUUUUCCUACCUUGAUACCAUCUAUAUUUACCUACAACAGUACAAAAUGGCCUACGUAUUGACCGAAACUGCUGCCGGAUACGCCCUCUUGAAGGCUUCCGAUAAGAAGAUCCACAAGUCAUCUUCUUUAAUCGAAGAUUUGAACACUGCCGACAAGGUUGCUGAGCAGUUCAAGAUCCACCGUUUUGAAAAGUUCCAAUCAGCUGCUAAUGCCUUAGAAGAGGCUAACGCUGUCAUCGAGGGCCGUGUCUCUGACUCCUUGAAGAAGAUGUUGGAAGAUGCCAAGUCCGACAAGAAGGCUACUUUGAUCGUUUCUGAAGCCAAAUUGGGUAAUGCCAUCAACAAGUUGGGCUUGAACUUCUCGGUUGUAUCAGAUGCUGCCUCGUUGGACUUGCACAGAGCAAUCAGAGAAUUCUUGCCUGAAUUGUUGCCAGGCUUGGAUGACUCCAUGUUGAAGCAAAUGUCAUUGGGUUUGGCCCAUUCCAUUGGCCGUCACAAGUUGAAAUUCUCUGCCGACAAGGUCGACACUAUGAUUGUACAAGCCAUUGCUUUGUUGGACGAUUUAGACAAGGAAUUGAACACCUACGCCAUGAGAUGUAAGGAAUGGUAUGGCUGGCACUUUCCAGAGUUGGCCAAGAUGAUUGUCGACUCCGUAGCUUAUGCCAGAAUCAUCUUGACCAUGGGUGUUAGAUCCAAUGCCUCGGAAACUGAUUUGUCGGAAAUUCUUCCAGAGGAAUUGGAAGAACAAGUCAAAUCUGCCGCUGAAGUUUCUAUGGGUACUGAAAUCACUGCAAUUGAUUUGGAAAACAUCAGAGCUCUUGCCGAACAGAUUGUUGACUUUGCUGCUUACAGAGAGCAAUUGUCCAACUACUUGUCUUCGCGUAUGAAGGCUAUCGCACCAAACUUGACUGCCUUGGUUGGUGAGUUAGUCGGAGCCAGAUUGAUUGCCCACGCUGGUUCAUUGACCUCUUUGGCUAAGGCUCCAGCUUCGACCAUCCAAAUCUUGGGUGCUGAAAAGGCUUUGUUCAGAGCCUUGAAGACCAAGCACGACACACCAAAGUACGGUUUGUUGUACCAUGCCUCAUUGGUUGGUCAAGCAUCCGGUAAGAACAAGGGUAAGAUUGCCAGAGUGUUGGCUGCUAAGGCUGCCGUGGCCUUGAGAUACGACUCUCUUGCUGAAGAAAGAGACGACUCCGGUGACUUUGGUUUGGAAGUCAGAGCCAAGGUAGAAUCUAGAUUGAGUGCUCUCGAAGGCCGUGACUUGAGAACCACCUCGAAGGUUGUCAGAGAACAACCAAAGGUUGACAUAACGGAAGCCCGUGCAUACAACGCUGACGCCGACGCUCCAACUGCUGAAGUUGACUCGGACGACGAAUCGGACACCGAAGAAAUCGACACCAAGAAGGAAAAGAAGGAAAAGAAAGAAAAGAAAGAAAAGAAGGACAAGAAGAGAAAGAGAGAAGAUGACGACGAAGAAGAAGAAGACAAGAAGUCCAAGAAGGAGAAGAAGGAGAAGAAGGAAAAGAAGGAGAAGAAGGAAAAGAAGGAAAAGAAAGAUAAGAAAGAUAAGAAGUCCAAGAAAGAAAAGAAGUAGACAGCAUCACCAGUACGCUUUCUUCUGUAACUUUUACUUUACUUUUUGCAUUUACUACAUUCAUGACUUUGAUUCUCAAGUUCACCAACCAACCAUCUUAGAAGUUUACUUGCCUUGGAGCCCAUGACUUCUUAUUUUGUUCUAUAGUACGAUGUUGUCACCCAGCAUUUUUGUGUUUCAUUAAUAUAUAUAUACAUAUAUC